AGUAAACAGACAGGCAGCCAAAGCGGCAGCAGGAAAAGCGGUGAAAAGCAGGAAAAGCAGCGGCCGUGCAACCGAAGGCAGAACAACAAAACUCCAGGCGGAUUCCCACGCUGCCGCUGCUGCUCUUCAGUCAGUUGAACUUUGACCACGGCGGCAACGGGUUCGUUCGGCGCGGUGCAGUGCAGCUUUCAGUGCGGUCAACGCGGCGUAUGCGCAACGUCCACGCAACUUAUACGCAACGUGAGCAGUUUUUUGCGAAACACUUAAUGAUGAAUUCCGAGUGUGCUGCUGCUGGCAUAUGGCAGCCACGUGCUCCCAGCUAAAUUGUGACUAAAAUGUAGCAAAAACCAAUGCAGAAAAAACCCAAAUUAAAACAAUAGUAAAAAACGCUUGAUUAAAACAUGCAAAGUUAAUUGCAAAUGGCGCUUAGCAAUGUGGUCACUUAAAAUGUGCAUAAAUCAAGGCAGAAAUUGCAUUUAAUUUCGUUUGAAAUAACAAAUGAAAAAAACACAACAAUAGUGUGGCCCAAAAACAGGCUAAAAACAAUUAGAACCGAGGCGAAACGUUUCAAUUAAAGCAAUGCCAUGCAAUUAAAAAACGAGUGCAGUGACAACUGAAAUGAAAUUAAAGCGCUGAUAAAUUGAAUCACCAAUGCAAAACAAUUGACAGCAACAACAACGAAAUCAGCAAAAUGCCGGCUUCAAGUGGAUUAUAUCGUAUAUAUCGUGUCCUUGACAGGCUGCACAAACCCGCGGCACUUAUUUUUAUUAUAGCCUACAUUGCGGCAUGCGGCAUUUGCGACCACACGGCCACGGCAUCGCCAUCAACCGAUGGAGGAGGAGGAAAAACAGAAGCCUCCACCAUGACGACGCCGGGUAUAAAUCAAAAUUUAAUUAUGUCACAGGCGAGGCGGGCGGAGGAGGAGGACGAGAGGGCAGAGCCUGUGCCCAUGCCACAGCCCUUCGCGCAAAGUGCCCCACCCGGGGGCAGCAGCAUCACCGGCUUCGACUCCACCAACGUGAUCGAUGGCCAGAGCCGAAAACCGGGCCCCAGCCAGCCCACGCCGACACACCUGCUGGAGCCGGUGCUGCAGACGCACUCCCACUCCCGGAUCCAGGCCAAAGAUACGGCCGGACCCUAUCCCAUACCCAUCCAUCGGCCGGAGCCCGUGGAGAACCAUCUGGAGGCCACCAACGGCCUCGAGGGCGGCCUGGAGAACCACCUCUUCGGCACGCCCAUGUACUUCGGCACCGAGAACUCCACGGUGGUGACCACCCAGAUCGGGGCCACCGCCCACGUGCCCUGCACCGUCCACCACAUCGGCGAGGGGGUGGUAUCGUGGAUACGCAAAAAGGAUUAUCAUCUGCUUACGGUCGGCUUAACAACGUACAGCAGCGAUGAGCGGUUCAGUGCCACGCACUUGAAGCAUUCCGAGGAUUGGACACUGCAAAUCAAAUUCGUGCAGCUACGUGACGCCGGUGUCUACGAGUGCCAGGUGUCCACCCAUCCGCCCACCUCGAUCUUCCUGCACCUGAGUGUCGUCGAAGCCCGCGCCGAGAUCACUGGUCCUCCGAUUCGGUAUCUAACGCCCGGCUCGACGCUGCGCCUGCAGUGCCGCGUGGUACAGAACACCGAGGCCUCCGAGUACAUAUUCUGGUAUCACGACAACCGCAUGAUUAACUACGACAUUGAUCGGGGCAUUAAUGUGUCAACGGAGCCAGACUUUCAAUCAUCGGAGCUUACCAUUCAGCGGACACGACGCGAGCAUUCGGGAAAUUUCACCUGCGUCGCCAGCAACACGCAACCGGCCAGCGUCCUGGUGCACAUCUUCAAAGGCGACAAUCCGGCAGCCAUGUAUCACGGCCAUGUGGGCGGCUCCACGAAGACAAUGCAGUCCCAGCUGCAUAUGAUUAUGAUAAUCAUUGCCAGCGGCUAUCGGAUAUUCCACACGAGUGUAUAUAUGAAGAUCGUGUAGAUGGGCUAGGCGCUGGCGGCCCCAGGAGAGCAUUUGUAACUACGGCAUCGGCGGGAUCUGCCGGAUCUGCAUGGCUAUGCAGCCCCACGGAGCCCCUGACCUAACAUUAGAUACUUCUACCCCCAAUACUUGCUAGCGGCAUCCCCGAGAUACAUACGUACUACCCAUACACCCUAAGCCUAGGCCAAACUAUCAGAAAAGCGAAUCAAACUUAAGACCCUAUCUCUCUCUCCUUAUAUAGCAUACAGGUGUGCAUGUAUUAUAGUAUACAACACUCCCCUUUUUUAUGUGUGUUAUGUACGUGUGUCCGUGUGUGUUUCUUUAAUGUAUAAGUGUCAAACGUAACCACACAUGUAUUAUAUAAAGGUUAACUUUGCAGACUAUUAAGGCGACCUUAAAAAUCAAAAGAGAGCCCUUUCAAGGAUCCCAAAAAAUCAAAAACCAGUAAGCCCGUAGUUCGGAUCCUGGAAGUGCUGGCGAGCUCAAUAUUAAGAACUGACGUGCAUUUCCAAUAUAGAAUUCACAUUUUUACAAGUCCCCGUCUACGAUUAAGAACUUAGUUUCGGCCCCACACAAGACACUCAAUCAUUUCCAAACUGAUUUAUGCUGCAUUGUACAGACAACCACUUAACUGAUUAAAAUGGAUUUAGCUAAAGGAAUUCGGUUCUACUCGGGCCACUGCUCUUCGACGAAACUUUCGGAAUUAAGCUGUAAAUAAAUUAUUUGUUAAACUAAAAUACAUAAAUAAACUAUUACGUUUAAGCGUGGCCAUUGGUUAUUUGCAGAUUGCGUGCAAACAAAUUUAGGAGUGCUGCCGGAGCAAAAGUCUUUGGAUAAGCUUGGCAACAUUUGGCAAGAAGUUGUUAAUCAAAAUGGGAUAAACCGAAAACAAGAAGCGAACAGAGUAAUCAAAAUAAACUAAUUGUCUAACAUAAGGGAUAUCUAGCAAUUUUUAAUUAGUGGACAUAACUUUUAACUGUCUUAGCAAUGUGCAAGUGCAAGGAAAACCAUUGGCAAAAAAUGUUGAUUGAGAGGAGAUUGAGCCAGGGAAGGCUUCCAAUGAUUGUGUGUAAAUAUCGAUUUGUGCAGCUGCAGAGAUUAUUUCUAGUCCUUAAGUCUGUGUAGUUAAAUGUAACGAAAAUUACCAAACCAAAAUGAAAAACAAAACAAGAGAACCAUCAUGGGAAAACUGAACAAAUAAAACAUAAUAAAAUUAUGCAAAAUACAAAAACCA